UCUGCUGCUACCUCCCCAUGUCAAACCACCGCGCACGCUUCAGCGCUUAGUUAAACUCUGCGAGGGGCCCACACAACAGCGGCAUUCAGCGGGCACAUUUGGGGAGAGAAAGAGAGAGGGAGAGAGAGGCUGAGACUGCACACGGUGUGGACUGAAACAAGUAUUUCUGCAGCGGACGAGUUCAGUUCACGCCUGGCUUCCUCGCUCCACUUCCCGCUGCACUUUUCCCUCUUUGAUCCCUGGCUUUGCGCGCUACCACAACUACUUCCUUCGCAGUUUUCCUGGAUUAGAGGCAACACGCGUGGAUGGUUAUGUUUGAAAAGGAGUCAGAAAAAGCACUGGAUCUGUCGACUCUCUCUGCGAUGCCUUCCAAGAAGUUUUCAGACGAUCUGAUGGAGGAGGGAAACGACAUGGCCGCAGCUGCAGUGAACGGGGACAAGUCUCCAGCUGAGGCUCUCUCAGAGAACGACAGUGGAGUGGAGCUGACCAAUGAGAACAGCCCUCUGACCGCUGCAGAACCUCCCUCCCCCUUCUGCCCCAAACUCACCGGGGGAGCCUCCUCACCUCAAGAUGGAAACUCGAGUGAGGGCAGGAAGAGAGCGAGGAAGAGGUGUGUGGAAGCGGAAGCCAAGUGGGAUGCAUACAGCCAGAAGUCGUCUGGGAAGUCCCAGUUGAGUUUGCGACAGACCCCUCGCCCCAGGACCAUCUUUCAGGCUGGACAGACGCCCAACAACAGUAAACCCCGAAGACAGAACCGCAAACAGGACACGGCAGCGCCACAGUGUGGAGCCAGAGAGACCCCAGUUCUGCCCAGUGCAGUGCCUGAAGCCCCCAGUCUGGAGCUGAUGGAGCAGGACUCUAAGGACUCAGCCCAAAGCAGCAGCACCUCCAGCUCAGAGGCACAGCCCGAAUAUAAUGACAACAAAGGUUUUGGCAUUGGGGAGCUGGUCUGGGGAAAGAUCAAAGGCUUUUCAUGGUGGCCUGGGAUCGUGGUGACGUGGAGAGUGACCGGGAAACGCCACGCCAGCCACGGGAUGAGGUGGCUGCAGUGGUUCGGAGAUGGAAAGUUCUCAGAGGUUUCCGCUGAUAAAUUGGACUCCAUCACUGCUUUUCCCAAGUUUUUCAACCAGGCCUCCUACACAAAGCUGGCCUCCUAUCGAAGGGCUAUCUUUCAGGCACUGGAGAUGGCCAGUGUGCGAGCAGAGAAGAGCUUCCCUCCCUGUGAGUCGGACAGUCCUGAGGAGCAGAUCAAGCCUAUGCUGGACUGGGCCAAUGGUGGCUUCUUGCCCAAAGGAGAAGAGGGACUCAAACCCCCACACAACGCAGAAAGCAAUGCCCUCCACCACCAUGUCCUGGAUGUGUCUCUCCCGGAGUACCUCCCCAGCGCCAAACGCCCCAAAAUGGGCUCAUAUAAGACCAAAGCAGUCCCAGAGGAGUCCUACAGUCGAGAACAAAUGGUGAAUGAAGUCCUGAAGAACAAACGCAGUAUUGAAGAGUUCUGUCUCUCCUGUGGAAAGAUGAGGGCAGCGACCUUCCACCCGCUCUUUGAAGGAGGCCUGUGCCAAACAUGCAAGGAUAACUACCUGGAGAUGUCGUACAUGUAUGAUGAUGAUGGAUACCAGUCGUACUGCACAGUGUGCUGUGGGGGCAGAGAGGUGUUCCUCUGUGGGAACGCCAACUGCUGCAGGUGUUUCUGUGUGGACUGCCUGGACAUAAUGGUGGACCCUGGUGCUUCUAACAGCGCACGGCACCUGGACCCCUGGAUGUGCUACAUGUGCCAGCCCCCUCAGCCCUACGGAGUCCUCAAGCGCAGGCAUGACUGGAGUCUCAAGCUGCAGGAGUUCUUCGCCAAUGACAACGGACAGGAAUUUGAGAAGCCAAAGAUCUAUCCUGCAGUUCCAGCAGAGCAGAGGAGGCCCAUUCGAGUCCUGUCCCUGUUCGAUGGCAUUGCAACAGGGUACUUGGUGCUUCGAGACUUGGGUUUCAAAGUGGACCAGUACAUAGCCUCAGAGGUGUGUGAAGACUCCAUCUCAGUGGGAGUGGUCCGACAUGAAGGAAAGAUCCAGUACGUCCAUGAUGUCCGUGAAAUCACCAGGAAAAAUAUCCUGGAAUGGGGUCCCUUCGACUUGGUGAUUGGAGGAAGUCCCUGCAACGACUUGUCUAUAGUCAACCCGGCAAGAAAGGGCCUAUAUGAAGGCACAGGGAGGCUUUUCUUCGAGUUCUAUCGUCUGCUCAGUGAGGCCAAACCCAAAGAAGGAGAAGACCGCCCCUUUUUCUGGAUGUUUGAAAAUGUGGUGGCCAUGGGCGUCAAUGACAAGCGGGACAUCUCGCGCUUCUUAGAGUGUAACCCAGUGAUGAUCGAUGCUAUUGAGGUCUCCGCUGCCCACCGAGCACGCUACUUCUGGGGUAACCUACCUGGCAUGAACCGGCCCCUGUGCGCCUCUGGCAUGGACAAACUAGAGCUGCAGGACUGUCUGGAGCAUGGAAGGGUCGCCAAGUUUGGAAAAGUGCGCACGAUCACCACUCGCUCCAACUCCAUCAAACAGGGCAAAGACCAGCACUUCCCUGUCCUCAUGAAUGGAAAAGAGGACAUUCUGUGGUGCACUGAGCUCGAGAGGAUCUUUGGCUUCCCGGUGCACUACACAGACGUGUCCAACAUGGGGCGCGGUGCUCGGCAGAAGCUCCUGGGCCGGUCCUGGAGUGUGCCCGUCAUCAGGCACCUGUUUGCCCCCCUCAAAGACUACUUCGCCUGUGAAUAGACACUGGACCAGUACCACUCAUGUACACUGUCACUACCCGAAGUGUUUUAACUAUAGAGCUUUUAUCAUGUAGGCUGUGGACACUUGUUUUACUUUGCUAACAUGCUAGGUUUUAAAGUUGUAUUGUUUGUGGCCUUGGUUGUAUAUCUAUGGUGCAACCUUUUUAUUUUUCUUAGUUUUACUCAUUACUUGAAACUGUCAAAAUAUUUGUAUACAAGAGUUGUUU